AUGGAUUUCUUGGUGGCUUUGUUUCGAAACUUAAUCGAGCAUAAAGAUUGGCCAAUGUCUCAAGCUUGUACAGAUUCCUAUAACAAGACUCUGAAGAAGUGGCAUGGCUGGCUUGCUAGUUCAAGCUUCACUGUCGUCAUGAAGCUUGCUCCUGAUAGGAAGAAGUUCAUGGAGGUGAUAGGAGGCACUGGCAAUAUCAAUGCUGACAUUGAGAAAUUCUGUACAACCUUUUCCCCUCUUCUUGAAGAAAAUCACAAGUUUCUGGCUCGUCUUGGCUUGGAUGAUAUGAAGGCGUCAUAA